CUCGGUUUCUGGUGCCCCGCUACCGGCGUAGGAUUCCAGUGCGUCGCCCCACAACAGCCCGACACUGCCAGCAUCUUCUUCAACGAGGCGCUCGCGGUCGUCGCAGCUCUCCACCAUGCGGUUCUCGGCAUGGACUCCAACCCGCGCCGCAUCCUCAUUUACACCGACAAUACCAACACUGUCGACAUGUUCAACACCCUCCGCGCUGAACAAGCGUACAACCCCCUCCUUAUCACCAGCGUCGACCUACUCCUCAAGUUCGACCGCGAGCUUCGCGUGUUCCACGUUCCUGGGACCGAGAACGGCGUCGCAGAUGCGCUCUCGCGUUUCGAGAAUGCUCGGGCCAUGCAGCUCGCUCCCGGGCUCCUUAUCCGCCCCUUCCUACCUCCUCACCUGUCCGUGGGUGCC